AUGACGUUAAACCAGCUCAAGUCAUGGCCGUCCAAAUACCCUACAGGCGCGCUGGAGGAGACCACUCCGGUGAGGCUUCGCGCAAACUCGCCGAAAACAGCCUCCGCUUCGCCAGCGACUGCACCGACAACCAACACAACGCCCACGAGUGUGUUGUACUCGGUGCUGCUGCGCGCUAAUAUGUCACGCAAUGCCGUAGCCAAGAACCUGACUGAGCGUUCACUCCACUCACACCCCGUUUAUGACAUCGAUAGUGUGGUGAGAGAGGCAGUCCGCGCCGAGGUGGAGAGGCUGUUUCCGUAUCGCGGCGCUUUUGUCGAGUCCCCAGGCGUAGCUGAUGUAGACAGGGCGGCACCGGCACGGCGCUUCGUCGGGUCCGUUUCUCAGGUCGAGGAAAGAGAGCGGAGCGGGUGCUGGAGCGCUUGCGUAGCGCGCGUGAACGCGUAUUGCCACAUUUCUGAAUCCGACGCCCACAACCCUCGCGCACCUGUGCCUUCGACGACCACUGCAGUGGCUACCACCGACACACCCUCAUCAUCGGCAGCGAGGGGGACCUCGACGUCUGUGUCGCAAAGGUUCUCCGGUGGACCAAGGGUGGUUAUCAAAAGCCUUCAGCGCAAGCAAACGCUUGCUGCCAUGGGGGCAACUCGUGUGCCUGCUCCCUCUAAGCCGGAGUCCGCUGAAGCACCGAAGAAGCUUUUCGCCCCCUUACUUGCAGAGAACAGCAUCGGCGUUGGUGGCGCCAUCAGAGACCAGGAGACGAGCUCAUGCACACCACCAAGCGCCAUCACGGAUAAUUCCCACCGCUUCACUGUGGUUUCGAUGACGCAGCUGCCGGACAUGCAGAGGCACCUUGAACGGCUCUUCGACGACUUUGCCGCCGCGGUGGAGCAGUGCCGCGUUGCGUUGGACCAGCAGCAGCUGCAAAGCAGCUCGCCAGCUGCGUGGCAGACAGCGAGAAAGAAGAGAGGCCUCGAUUCCGAGGAACCGUCAGUGUCGUUCCUGGGUGAAGAGGCUUCUGCUUCCCAGCAUCCGCAACAGCCACUACACUGCACCAACUCCAACCACCGGCCCGGCAACCCAACCAUUCUAUCCACUGACGUCUCGCCCCGCCACAACAGCCACCACCCCGUAUCUGACCUCCUCUCUUCCGACUGCAUUCCAGAUGAAUGGAGACACGACCAUAGCACCGCGAUCGCAACAGACGGCAGCCACUGCACGUCUUAUGCGCGAAGUGCCAGCAGCGAAUCACUGCAGGUGGCGGAUGGGUCUGCUCCGGCGACAACACCGUCUCUAGAAGCAGAAGACUUUUCAAACGGCGUCGUUAUGAUUGCCCACACAAUCGCAGAGCACCUGCACGCUAUUCUGCACCCCACCACAACAUUAGCCUCUCUAGAGGAGGAGGGGGUGGCGGCGCUUCCCGGCCAGGACCGUGGCGGAAGCAGCCGUGCCGGUGGGCCGGCUGCCCUAAACGCUGUGACGACGAUAUGUCGACAGAGUCACACCGGGGCAGAGGGAGAGGACAGAAAACCGACGAGCCCUGCGUCCUUUUCGUCCCCGUCUCCUUUACCAGCUUUGCUUUCCAGCGGAGGUCUUCAGUCGCCGCCAGGGGUCAGCUCGGCAUCGCUCGAACUGCGGGCGCUUCGUCAGCUGAUGCACAGCGUUUUUUGGUCUCGUAUCACAGCGUUUCUGAGCAGCGUCUCUCUCAAGACGCCCGGCAAAGACUGCCCAAUGUGGCUGUCGACGACCGCCGUGGAGCAGCGCGAGGCGUGUGCGUAUGUGCAACUGCCAUUCUGGAUUUGGCUGUACGCCGCGUGCGGGCUGGCAACCGACGUGAUCCGCGCGCAGCAAGAGGCACAGAGGGCGUUUACGAUUUCGGGGCAAGUCACGGAACCUCGCAAGCCACUGACAUCGUCGUCUGCGAUAGCGAACGCACUACCACCACCGUCACUGUCACAGCUCUUGCCAACGGUGGAGACGUUGGCGCGCCAGCUGCAGCGGCGGCAGUACGAACGCGUUGAGCCCACCGCCGGGACUUUGCUCACGGUCAACACGUUUCUCUCUUUCACUGGCGUGCAGAUGACGGACAGCGCUGUGAUGAAGCGCUUGUUCCCUCUGCAGAGCGGUGUGGCUGCAAGCGAUGCCCUGGGGUUUGCCACACUGUCACCCCACUCAGCGCAGUGCUUCACUCACGAGGCAAGCGUGGCGACGGAGUCCUCGUCCGGGAGUCUGACGGCAGGCGCCUUGGACUCUGCUGCUGCCCCCAACAUUAUCAGCAUCAACACAUCAUCGGAUAGGCUGAUCUCUGGGGAUCAUACCGUGUCGGCGUUCGGUGGCGCAGGACCUAACGUAAUAGACCGAAGCAGCAGUAGCGUUGGUGGUGCACCAGUUAGUCCGUCACACCAAGGUGAGGCUGCCAUCAGCGUUGCUCUUGGCGACGCCGGCAACACAGCCGCGGAUGCGACUGAGGAGGAGGCACCGCAGGUGCACAGCGGCAGCUAUUCUUGCCCGUCAACAGUGGAACUGUACUUGCAGUGGCUGGAGAGCGCUAAUGCAGCGCGUUUAGCAGCAUGCUCGGCACGGAGUGAAGCGAAACGUUUCCCCGAUCGUGCUGACGCGGAAGCUGAUGCAGCUGGUGAAGUUGCUGGCUCCUCGCCCACCUCGCCGCCGUAUCGGCUAGACACCAUCGCCUGCAUCCAACCGCAUACAUCGUCGUCUACGGAGGACGGUCAAGUCAGCAAUGGCGAUGGGAACAGUGCGAGAGGGAACAGCAGCGACAGCUCGUUCAGCUACGCGGCGGUGCAGCAGCCGAGCGAGCCCUUCCAGGUGGCAGCUGUAAUACCGUCGGCCGGGCUGGCCCCGUGCCUGGGGCGAGUCGAAAAGGAGCUGCACCAGGCACGCUCUGCCGUGCAGUUUGCUCGCAAGCUGGGCACCCUGUACGCAACGCAGGACAUGAACACACUACUGCAGCUGCUCCCCGCCCUGGUGAAGGAGGGGUCCGUGUCGCCUGACGUAAAUUUUGUCUCUGCACGCGCGUACGGCGGCGCUGUGGAGAGCUUUGGAAGCGCGUACUCCCCUCGCGGGGGCACGGACGGUACCGGCACCCCUGCAGCGCCAGCAACACCGGGCGACGGUGUGCAUUCACAUUACACAUGGACAGGCACCCCGACGACUAGCAAUUCGAUGACAGGCCCCUUGCCUCCCCUCGCGACGCCGCCUCAGGGUGCAGCGGAUCGGAUGCCCGGUAACAGCACCCUCUUCUUUCACCAUGCCAACGCCAGUGCGACACCUCCGGCAGUGUUUCCCUCUGUCACAUCGCCAUCAUUGGAGGCAAGGUUGCUGCUGGAGCACCUCAACUCGUGCGCUGUCGCCAUUGUCCCCAACAGUUACCAACUCUUUGUGAACAGCGCUCGUGCGCUUGAGGUGUCCUUCUCACUUGCAGUGGUGUUGCUUUCUCAUGUGAUGGGUGAGGCGGUGCCGAAGGGAGAAGUUGCUUCGGUGGGGCAGGCGGCUGCUGUCACCAGGCGCAGCGACAUCAGCCCAUCAGCCAUAUCGGCGAAGACCGGCCCAGCGACAGCCACCGUGGUCGUGUUGAAACGACUCCCAGCGAAGGCUGCUGCCGCCGCGCUCUCUGACAAGUCGAAAGGGAGGGUGACCAGGAAGACAGCGGCGACGCCCCCACCACCUCGACCCCUAUCUAUGGACCUCGCCAAGGUGUUUGGCUUUGGCCACAGUUGUUUGCGGUGGCAGCACCUCUCCGCCUAUGUCCGUGAAACCCUGAUCAGCGUCGCCCUGCGCGCACUUCAGAGAAAGGACGUUGCUAUGACGCAGGAGCUGCUGCAGUGCAUCACCCUUGACAUGACGAUUGCGCAUCACGAUGAUCAAGUGCGCCGACACCAUCCUGCGCCCAAGCCAGCGUGGGUCAAAGGUGUGGGGGAUACAAAAAAAACUUCCGGAUCGACUCUGAAGAAGAGCCGUAGCGCUUUCAAGGCAGGGGGGACCAAAGUCAACCAUCUGUCGGCGCCUCCGCACGAGAGCUCGGCCAGCUUUGUGAACGUAUGGUUUAGUAGCUUUGCCCAUCUUGCGGACACCACCGCGCACCUGCUUCACGGCGAUCACAACGCCCCGAGCUCCCUGAAGGGGGCGGUGUGGCAUCUAGCAGGACUGGCGCACUACUUUCUGCUGACGCGUGCUCGCGGCUAUGAGAUGUACGGCGCCCAAAGCCAUUUUUGCUCAGCAGCCCUGUGUGGCUACGGCAGCGGUAAUGCUGCAGGCGUGGGCUUGAGGACUUCGUCGGUUACCUCGAGCGCCGCUAUGCAGAGCUUCAUCACCUCACAGCUGGUUGAGCCUGCGGGGAAGGUGCUCGGCGUUGUCGUAUCAUUUAUGGAGAGCGUCUGCCAAACGUUGUCGGCGGACAUUGAGAGCGGCGGCGCGGCUGAGCGGCAGUUCCGCGAGGGUGUGAUGUUCGCCGAUAACUUGAGUGACGACGAAAGCCUCUUCAUGUGCCCCGCUGUGGACGGCUCUGUCCGCCUGGGAAGUGCGGGCGAGUGUACGAGCCUCUUCAAUGACGGCGGGGGUGGUAGUUAUGACAUUGCCGCCACCCGCUUGGAGGCGUCUGGCUCGCAGACAUGCUGGAUGGAGCUGGCCAUUCACUACUUCUUCGAGAUCGUCGACGUCCUCCUUGACGCUGCGCUGUUUCUUCCAGAGAAGCCGCUCUACCUGUACCAGCUGACAGUGAGCGCCUGUAGCACGGCGGCCCCGUUGAUUGACUUCGCAGACACCUUGUCCGCGGCUGUUUUGGCUGGAGGCGCUGGAUCGCCGGCUCUCUGGGGCCUCAGCGAUCUGUGCAGCUCGAUGAUUGCCACUGCGCCGCAGGUUGUGGCGGACUCGCCACUGGACCGCGUGCAGGAGUUUCUCAGCACGUACACAUCGAUGGUACUGCAGUCCGCGGUGACCCACUUCACCGUAGAUAGUAGACAUGCUCACUCUCGAGUCGCCACAGCCUGUGAAACGCCACUGAACACAUCAGCAGCGGUAGACGGGACGUUGGAAGAUGAUUGUUCGCGCACCUUUUGGGAACGACUGUUGACCUCAGUGGCUGCACCUGCGAACCCCUCCGCGCUUGGCGAAGUGAUAUUUACAGCGCGGCAACCGAUACCAUCAGCUUCGACUCCUAUCAGCGCGCCAGCAGCCAAUCUCGCGGUGAGCCCAGAGGCGUCCGCCAGCAGCUCGUACACGCAAAGCACCAUGUGGUGGCCAGAUGUGCGAUUCAAUCGUUACUCUCACCUUAUCCGCAUUGUCGAACACGCGCAGCUGGUGAGCUUAUACCUGAAUUCGUGUGCGGGCAAAGAUUUGGCACAGACGGCGCCGCUUACACCGUAUCUGGAGGUCUCUCGUGCACCUCGUGAUAGUGCGCCCUCGAUGCAGGUGAGCGUCGUUACCUCCCUCCUCAACACAUCUACGGGCCCAUGCGCACAACUGCUGUCUAUACCCUACGCUUGUCCACCUUCGACUGUCGACACCAGCAGCAACCUUAUUCCUGAAAGUGCCCGCACAACGUCGCAUGAGCGUUCCUGGUUCCACUGCACCGGCUCGCCAGCUGAUCAGGCACUACCCCGCUUUCCCGCCGCCGCUCAUCGGCGCGUGUUGACGGACCGCGCGAUGCGCGAAGUGUGCGGUGGGCUGUGGAUUCGAGUAGAGCUGCUGCGCCUUCUGCGCCUCGCAGCCGCACCGCUGGACGCGGACACCUUCGUGAGCUUCACCAAAACAGCGACCAAAGUCGCGGGCCAGGUAUGGGAUAAGGCAAUGCAGACUCACUACACGGCUAUUGCCUCAAUGAAGGUUGGCGUGGAGUCAGUUCUGCCCAAAACGUACGCGUCCACAUACGUGCGGCUGCUGUUCCUACGGUACGUGCAGGCUUUCUAUGCGGAUUUGCCGGCGCUGAGUGCAAGCGGACCUGCGACGGCGCCAGAUCACACGAUGAGCGAGCGCGUGGACGGCACGAGUAACGGGACCCCGCUUACCAGAAGCGUCGACCAGCGCGCGGCCUCCGAGACCCACGGGGACCUUAGCAGCCGCGGCGAUGCCACGCCGUAUCGCACACUUGAGUCGCUGCAAAUGCGCUCUCCGGUGAGCGCGCUCCAGCACCUGAGCCAGCGUCUGUGGACGCACUACUGCCAUGAGCUGUUGUGGGCGUUACGAGAGCUGUGCUGGAACUGCGCUGAGGCUCACGAGACGGCAGCCAACCUGUCCGUCGCCUCCGUGUUUGGGCGGCUGCUACAGAUGAUCAGUGGGCGAGGGGAACUCGAGGGGGAGGAGUGCAUGGACGACUACGGCGGCGAGCCGGUGGAAAAGUUUCCGGAUGAGCCAUAUCUGGACUUGAAGGACGUGGGGAUGCCUGUCGUUACCUUGGACUGCGCGCUAAAGCCGUACGCCACCGCGGAGGGCGUCAAGAUGGAGGGCUUCGUUGACUUUGAGGUGUCUUCGUCCGGCAGUUCCGUGACGGUGGUGCCAGGGAUGAGCGAGGGCCGUAAACGGCCACCGGGGAAGCCGCCGAACUCUGGGUCCUCUGGCGAAUUUGAGAGUCGACGAGAGUCGUCGUGGAGCGCUCGGCGGUCUUCUGUCUCGAAGGGAUCCAUGGAGGCAGAGCAGCAGGUGAUGGUAAGCAUAUCGGACCUGACCCCGGCCUGCGAUUUCACGGAGCGGCGACGGCUAGGAUUGAACGACCACACCAUCCCGGGAGGCACCCAGGCAACAGUGAGGAGCAUGACACCGCUUUCCACUUCAAGUACUCCUGUGCCGGCCCCGCCUCAAUCCCCCGUCACAGCUCCCCCUGUGGUGCAGAAGCUGUCUUUUACUGGCCUGAAGCCGCCUCUGUAUUUCACCAGCUCAGGUGACACGGCUGCUGCACAGGAGAACGACUUCUACAAGGAGCAGUCUAUGGGACCGCAAAUGGAAAAGGAACCGAUGGAACACGUCCUCAGCCUCACAAGUAUGUCUCUGGUGGACGCAUCCUCGCACAUAUCGCAAGACGACGACGAUGGCGAGUGCGACGUGACGUACGAAGCCAGGUCGGAUACGCUAGUAAGCGUGUCCAAGCACACGCUGCCUAAGUGGACUGCACACGAACCUCAUGAGAGUUACUCCACGGCAAACGCGAACGCCGAUUCUGCAACCCGCGGCGACUCGCCGAAACCGCCCGCGUUGACAAUACCGAAGCUGUCUCUCGGGGCUCUCGGCCCACCGCUGUACUUCACUUCCACCGGUGAUACCGCCGUUUUUGCGGAGAGGCCGAUGAGCCCGUCACUUACGUGUCCGCCAGCCCAGGUGCUUCCGGCGCUGAACUGCCCGACAGCGGCGGCACCGGCGGUGGUGGGUGCGGCGCAUGUCGAUCCAACUGUUACGGGUGCACCACUGAUAGGUGCGGCUGAGGCCGCGAACGCGCUGGCUCUCACGCUACCACCUGCACCUGUGCUGCCCACGCCCACUCCAACCACUGUCGAUGGACUUGUCCUUCCUAAGCUGUCGUUUGGCUCUCUAGGCCCGCCUAUGUACUUCACAUCCACCGGCGACACUGGCGGCUUCAUUGAGACGCAGAACCAGAAGCCCCACCCUGCGGCCGGCGCAGCCACAAGUGCACAGAUUCCUUCUGACACGACACCCCUGAAAUCUGGGUUGACGGCGCAGGGCACGGCAUCUGGUGGAGCGACUAACACCGCCACCGCUACUGCAGCAGCCAUCACCACUUCGAAUUCUCCGACUGCUGCGACGGCCGCCGCUCACUUCCACGGCAGCCACUCCUCGGGUGAAUCACACUCGCAGCCUGUCUUCAGUUCUGGUGACUUUGCACCAACGGCCGGAAAGGUGAGCCGCAGCGGAAAUGUUAGCGAUGGGGGGUGCAGCUAUGCCGGCGGCAUGGGCGAACAGGACUCAAAGGAGGGGCACGCGGCGCGGCGACGUUGCGACAGCGGGUUGUCGUUGAACUCCUUGCCCGUGCUCGAGGGUGACCCGUUGUCAGCGGUUUCCGGUCAACGGCGCCGCAAGCGAGUGCCUCGCACGUCUCGCCCAACCCUAACACUGAUGGUGGCACCGGCGGUGACGAUGGAACUCAUCUUGUGCAUAUGCUCUAUCAUUCUCCAGCAGGACAGCGGUAUGAUUCAGUACGCCUACACCGUGUCCUCGCUCACGCAGAAGCGUGUGCUGCCGGGCAUGUCUUCGUCCUCGCAGCGGCGCUGGCACGGUGGCAGCGGCGGUGCCGCUGGAGCCUCAGGCUCGACUUACUCGCAGAGGUCAGAUGUGGCGCAGACGGAUCGGUGGCGGUACACCCCUCAACACAGCCCUUCUUCCUUUCAUGUUAUUCAGGCAAUGCACAACUACCUCAAGGACAGCUGCAACAGCCUUGUUAUUGAUCUGCUGGAGGAAUGGGUACUUGACGAGUACGCUUCGAUGGAGCGGGUAAGAAUGGAGCAAUUCGAGUCCGCGUACGCGUCGAGUCAGGAAGAGUGCUCUCCGCAACCGCCUCGCCACUCGCGCUCUGACAGCGAAAGCGGCGGCAACAUCGGCAGCGGCAUGCGCCAGCACUCUCUUCAGAAGCCCCAGGCAGGCAGCACCGGCGGCGGCCAUAGCGGCAAACUGAGUGCCGCAAUGCUCACCGGUCGUUAUGUGCUCCUACGCUUGCUCCUUCCGCGCGCCAUCACCCCUCUGAUCACUCAGCAAAAUGAGCGGCGCAUUGGCGCCGGCGGCUACGGCUCCGUCACAUCCGGCUUCGUGCAGAGGCCCGGCACGGUUGGGGACACGCAACUGCCUCCUGGGUGGGGCCAGCGCGGGUCUCGCUGGCGACCAGCAAAGACACGUGGAGGCACAGCAGCCAGCGGUUCUGGCUCUGGUGGUGGUGGCACCACGCCUCAAAGUCUCCAGAUGGGCCGGUCGGUCGCGACAACCGCGGAGAAGAUCGCGCCCGGUGUCUUGGAUGGCUUGCGUGUGCCAUGGCGCACAGCGGCGCAGCGGAUCGCGCAGGCAGUCUGCAAGGGUGAGGUGGCGAUAAAGCACAUCCCCCUCAAUGUUCAGGGAAGCGAGAGUGGAAACCUGCCUCUUUGCCACGCGGAGGUGCUCUCUAUGUAUCGUCUGCGCGGUCACCCGCACAUCAUCCCGCUCCUCUCCUUCGACAACACCAAGGACGAGUACAUCCUUGUUCUGCCGCACUACUCCCAAGGAUCGCUGCGGUUGUGGCGACAGAAGCACUAUCCACUGGGGUGCGCCGUGCUCACGCUUCCACCGGGGAUAAGGGACUCGCGCAAGAGCGAGCCAGUGCCGACAGCGGCGCCUGCGAUGACUUCCAGCACACCGACGCCGGUCGAUGCGCCAAGCACCUCGCUCUUCGCGACGUGUGCACGCUGUCUCCUUCAGGUGCUCAAGGGAGUCGUCUUCAUGCACGACCGCCGCAUCCGCCACGGUGACAUCAAAUGUGAUAACAUCCUCAUCACCGCUACCGACGCCAGCGCUGAGCGGGGGGAGAUGGACCCGCCGAUGCUGCCGUCCUCUGUGUGCUUGUGCGACUUCGGCUCCUGCGACACGUGCGACGACGAUGAUAUUCAAAACCUGAAGCGUGACAUCAUGGGAGGCGAGGCCCGCUUCUUGGCUGGUCGGUGGGGGGUCGGCAGGGGAACAGAGGCGAUUCAGCCGCCCGAGCUCAUGUCGGCGAAGCGGCGCUACGCCCUGCUCCAUCGCAUAGUGACAGCCGUCGCACCAGCCGCGGCAGCGACCCCAGCCAGUUCCUCGCUCUUCACUCUCUCCGAGAGGGCUGAACGUGGUACCCACACUGCGAACUUUGGUGGCACAUCAGCUGAAUAUCUUCCGCACCGAAGCCAUGUUGGGGAGCUGAUAGGGUCGACGGGGCCCCAGAUGACGGAGCUGCUGCGGCGGGCGGAGCUCUCAGUGGACAUCUGGGGCUGCGGCUGCUUGCUCUACGAGAUGCUCACGGGUCGCAUGCUUUUUGGGGAGGCCCGCCUGGGCCGGCUGCUGGUUCUCGCCGCUGUCGACGACAGCGAGGAGCAGAACCCCGAAACGGCGGCUUCAACGACAAACGCGGCAGCUGGCCCUCUGCCGGGAACGCCUCGUUCUCGGCAAAAGGCCACCGUGCCGACCACAUCCAGUGUUGGUGGCGACACCGGCUCUAGUUGCACGCCGUCGGUUUCGCAGAAGGCUCUUGACGACUGGGAGCGCCGCGAUCUCGAAAAGGCUGUGGGGAAGCGCGUGGUGGACUUUAUGUCGGCCCUGCUGAACCUCGACCCUCUGCAGCGACCAAGCGCACACGAAGCGCUGCAACACUGGAAGACGAUAAUGGUGGAGGCAGGGCUAGAAAUUGGAGCCUAG